AUGGCUGUCAGAGCGACAAUGAUUGAGAAUACUUGUGUUGGAUUGGAUCUCUCACGGCCGGUCCGUCGGCUUCUGGCGUUGCUAGGCGUUGGCAUUUGGGAUCUGGGAGUUGAAACUUGGAAUGCCCACUGUUUUUGUAUGCUUCCCACAAUUAGGAUGCCACUGGCACUGGCAUUGGACAUGAUGGGGUUGGACAAUGAACUUGGUGCUAAGGACUUGGCCUAUGAGCCCUUGACGAGGAAACAAGGUGGAUUCAAGGCCAACUAUUUUAUCUUUGCAAUGAUGUUCCUCGAUAACAUAGGCUUUGUGGCAAACAUGGCAAGCCUGGUUUUAUACUUCAUGUUCGUCAUACAUUUUGACCUCUCUGGCUCUGCAACCACCACAACAAAUUACUUGGGCACUACAUUCUUGCUCACCAUUGUUGGAGGAUUCAUCUCUGAUGCCUAUAUGAAUCGCCUCAACACGACUCUACUCUUUGGUGUAAUCGAGUUGCUGGGAUAUAUGUUGCUCAUUAUUCAAUCCCAUUACACAAAACUGCAACCUCUACCUUGUCUGGAAUCAACCUGUGUGCAUGGCACAAAGGCCCUACUGUUUUACGCUUCGAUUUCCUUUGUGGCACUUGGAGGAGGUGGAAUCAGAGGAGCAAUCCCGGCUUUAGGAGCUGAUCAAUUCGACUCCAAAGAUCCCAAUGAGCACAAGCUCAUAGCCAGCUUCUUCAAUUGGCUUUUGCUUAGCAUAACAGUUGGAGCUGUGGUUGGUGUCACAUUUGUGGUGUAUGUGAGCUUAAGUGUUGGAUGGGAUAUCGGAUUUAUCAUCUCCUUGUCCUGCGCUGCGGUUGGUCUUAUCUUUGUUGCAUUGGGAAGGCCAUAUUAUCGUGUCCGAGUUCCAGGAGACAGCCCUUUGAUUAGAGUUCUAGAGGUUUUGGUGGUGUCUGUAAAGAACUGGAAGGUGGAGGUACCCCAGAGUUCCGAUGAAUUGUAUGAAAUACGUGCUCACGAUUCUGCUUCUAAAGCAGAGCUCAUCCCCCACAGCAGUCAAUUCAGAUUACUAGACAAGGCAGCCGUUCUUCCCGCAGGCCUGAGCGGAGCAGGAAAAUGGAAAGUUUGCACAGUUACGCAGGUGGAAGAAGUGAAGGUUUUGACAAGGAUGAUGCCUAUUCUUCUAAGCACUAUCCUCAUGAACACAUGCUUAGCCCAAUUGCAAACCCUUUCAAUCCAACAAGGCACCCUCAUGAACACGCGCAUUGGCGAUUUUGAUGUCCCAUCUGCCUCAAUCCCGGUGAUUCCUCUAUUGUUCAUGUCCCUCCUUAUUCCCAUCUACGAAUUUGCCUUUGUUCCCCUCUUGCGCAAAAUCACGGGUCACCCCAAUGGCAUAACCCACCUCCAGAGAGUCGGGGUGGGGCUUGUCCUCUCAGCUAUCUCAAUGGCCAUAGCAGGACUCGUAGAAGUGAAGCGAAAACACGAGAUGGUUCACCACAACUACAAAAUCAGUCUCUUCUGGCUCUCUUUCCAUUACGCGAUCUUUGGAAUAGCGGACAUGUUUACACUUGUGGGGCUGAUGGAAUUCUUCUACAAGGAAGCUCCCGUCGGCAUGCGCUCUCUUUCCACUUCCUUCUCGUGGCUCUCCCUGUCCAUUGGCUACUACUUGAGCACGGUUUUUGUUGAGCUUAUAAACACCAUCACUAGCAAGUUCACUAAGAACAAAAUGGGGUGGCUGGAAGGGCGCGACAUGAACAAAAGCCACGCGGACUAUUUCUAUUGGUUCCUUGCGAUCCUCAGCGUGGUUAAUUUUGGAAUUUAUGUAUGGUGUGCCAAAUGGUACAAGUAUAAGAAUGACAUUGCGGUCGACGAGGAAAUGUUGCUCAAAGCCGGAGGACCUCAGUCUUUCUCUGCAAGUGGUGUAAGCAUUGUGUCCAAGGCAGGAGAGAAGGAAGAAAAACAAAACGGGGCCAAGUGA